CGCGGCGCGAGGAAGUGCAAAGGACGGAGGGACCACCGCCACCAUGAGUCUCUUAAACAAGCCCAAGAGCGAGAUGACCCCUGAGGAACUACAGAAGCGGGAAGAGGAGGAAUUCAACACCGGGCCCCUGUCGGUGCUCACACAGUCAGUGAAGAACAACACUCAGGUUCUUAUCAACUGCCGCAACAACAAGAAGCUGCUGGGCCGAGUGAAGGCCUUUGACAGGCACUGCAACAUGGUCCUGGAGAAUGUAAAGGAAAUGUGGACGGAGGUACCCAAGAGCGGCAAAGGCAAGAAGAAGUCCAAGCCAGUGAACAAAGAUCGUUACAUUUCCAAGAUGUUCCUGAGAGGGGAUUCAGUCAUCGUGGUCCUCAGGAACCCACUCAUUGCUGGCAAGUAGUGCAGCCAGAGACUCCCUCUCCUGCCCAGCACCUGACUCAGCCCAGUGGAGAACUCCAGGCUCCCCAUAGUUUUCCUUUUGUGAAUAAAGCCUUGCUCUUUUUUCAAAAAAAAAAAA